ACCAGGGUCCCACAUGUUGCACCCGCAAGAUGGAGGAGAGCUACUACGCCGCGGCCCAGAGAGACACACUCCACAACAUUCUCUCCUAUAGCUUCGAACUCAAAUAUCUCAUCCUGGGCCAUGCUUCUACCUUCCAGGGUAGGUAAAGUUUGUGGUUCCUUGACUGAAUCGGUUUCCUCCACUCCAGUCAGUCCCACCUCAGGAAGUUUGACUCCUUCAGUAAACCCCACCAUUGAACUUCAAGCCUCAGUCACGUCCUCCAGCCUGACAACACUACCUGAUACAGGCAACCAACAUGAGCACAUAACACUAAAAAGAAGGUCUCUGCCUCUGAAACCGUCCAAAAACGACAAACCAAGAAGCCUGAGAAAGAUUUCAAAGGAGUUUAUGGGCUACAUCCAGCGGUACAAAUCGUUCUUCUCCACCCUGCCGGAGAUGCUGUGCGAGGGGGAGGUGGUGAUGGAUGAAAACACCUGUUGGAGUGGAGAAGAUGUGGUGGAGAGUUAUACAGGCCAUGUGGUGGGGAAUGGACUGCAAGCCCAGAGACACAACCCAGAGAUAAAGGUCAGAAGUGUGGAUCCAGUCUUGGUCAACAUAAAGGAAAAGCUAGAGCACUUCAACCAGGAGAUGUGGGGUGAGACGGGUUUAGGAACAGAUGGUCGUGAGGAUGUCGAGACCAGCGGCAGCGACAUGGCAGAAGGUAGCGGCGAGUGCGAUGAUGAAGACGGCUGUCAAGGAUCGGGGCGCGGCGACGAGACAGUGCUCACUAAAAAGGAAAUCCUUGUACGAAUUCCACCACAGGGCGGCAUGAUCCCAAUCCAGCCCCCCAACUCCAACCCCAAACCGGACGUGUUCGCCAAAGGAGUCGCCCACAUCCCGACCAUCUCAUCCGUCCUAUUUCUUCCUCUUUUACCCAUAAUACAGCUCCUUCUGUGGCCCGAUGGUGUCUGACGCACAAUAGAAAAGACUGAAAGAUUCACGCAUGCAUUUGCACUAGGCCCUUAGAAUUCUGCACAUUCAUCUUCUGAUCUCCUCAGAUGCUCAGUAAGUUCUCAUGUUCUCAUGGCCCCCCUCAGGAUGCGGCCAUUCAAACACUGGUUAUUUGUUUGCUCUGGCCUGUUUUAAAGGGUUUUAUGUAGCUACUAAGUAGUGUAAGGAGACGCAAGUCAUCUAUUAUAGCGCCACUAUUUUGAAUAUUCUUUGAAUACAGAUUUACGAUUACACUCGUCUGGUUUGGUACAUUUUUAGAGUAACAUCACAUCCUGAAUUCAUUCACACCUUCCUGCAGGAGUACUUGGAAGGCUGCCCAUAUAUAUAUAUAUUUUUUCUUUUUUUAUGUGUGAGUACUGUAUUAUUGUAUGUGUGGAUUAUAUUACAGAAAGAGCUAUUUUAAUUCUCCCUUUAUCAGUAUAUCCGGGUGAAACUCAUAAAUUGUAUAUUUUACACCAAAUUCAGGAUUUUUUUUUUUUUUUUUUCAUUAAGAAAACGAAGCCACAUUAAGAUUUUUUUUUUUUUUUUUUGGCAUUGUGACAUUUUUAAACAUUUGUGACCCUGGACCACAAAACCAGUCAUAAGCCGCACGGGUAUAUUUGUAGCAAUAGCCAACAAUGCAUUGUAUGGGUCAAAAUUAUCUUUUUUUUUUUUUUUUAAGCCAUAAAUCAUUAGGAUAUUAAGUAAAGAUCAUGUUCCAUUAAGAUAUUUUGUACAUUUCCUACCAUAAAUAUAUCAAAAAUGUAUUUUUGUAAGUGGAAAUGCAUUGGUAAGGACUUCAUUUGGAAAACUUUAAAGGCGAUUUUCUCAAUAUUUUGAUUUUUUGGCACCCACAGAUUCCAGAUUUUCAAAUAGUCGUAUCUCAACCAAAUAUUUUCCUAUCUAUAUAUCUAUAUCCUAUAUUUAUUCAGCUUUCAGAUGAUAAAUCUCAAUUUCAAAAAAUUGACCCUUAUGACUGGUUUUGUGGUCCAGGGUCACAUUUACUCUGUAAUUCAUAUUUCUAUAAUCUGAAAGAAAGAAAAAAAAAACAAUAAUAAAUUGCAUAAAUUUUAUUUUAAGAGGAGAAUGACCCAGUUUUUGUAAGAUUGACCCAUAUUCUUGAGAAAUUGUAGGGCUUUUUUGUAAAAAGUCAAAUUGUACAUUUAACAUAUUUAUACUGAAAUCUAUGUAUACAGCGUGUGUAUAUGAUAGUCAGGUUGUGCAUAUAACAAUUUAAAACAAUGAAAAUAGCUUUUGAGUAACGCAUAGGAUAAUGAAACACUUUAUUUUUAGAAGAACCUUCAUAACAUUGGCGUUUAAUCCUUCUCCUAGAUGCAAAAUGUUCCUACAUAGGCCUAUUGUUCGCCAUGACAUCACAGUCUUAAACUUUCAUUUGAGUUCAGUAAUGUCAUUUUCCAUGUAGCUCCGACUGCGCCGUGUGUCAUUUGUUACUGUAAGUGCUCGCACAUAAAUCGCUCAAUAAAAUACCAUAUUUUCAAAGUA